AUGAGUGGGAAGAGUGUAUCUUUCUAUGUCUCGGAAAAUAUAGAUGUGCCGUUACAGAUAAAAAUUCUGUCCCUGAAGGGAAAGAAGCGCCAAUUGAGGGCUUCUGAGAAGCUAAUAGACCCUCAAUUGAGUUUGACGAUGUCUAAUGUCAAAAUUUUCAGUGAUAUGCUGGUUUCAGUACAGGUGUAUGAUGAACUGACUCUGGGAGAUGUUACCGUCCCAGUUUUUGCGCCUUAUGUGCCUUUUCGAUACGGCAGAAAUUGGGAUCAAUGGGUAACAUUACCGGUGAGCGUAAGACAUUUGACACCUGCUUGCAAACUCCGAAUUGUGUUGUGGGAGUUUAAUGGCCAACGAAGGAUUCCAUUUAAGACAAUCACCACUCCAAUUUUCAAAGACCUUGAUUUUACAUUAAAAAGAGGUAUUGAAGCAAUCAAAUUUACAAAACAAGGCAAACCAUCCAUCGAGACCGUUAAAACUUUGGAAACUAUCAAUAAAUACUUUUAUGGCGAUUACGCUAAGAAAGAAUGGAUAGACGAACUAGUAUUAAAGAAACUAUAUAAGGAGUACGAAAAGAUAGAUUUACCCUUGGAUACUUUCAUGUUGACUAUACAAUUUCCAGUAAUUGAGUUACCAAUAAUUUACACAGAGAAACCUCGUGAAGAUAUCCAAAAGAAUAUCCCAACUUUAAGCAAUUUCGAUGCAGCUAGUGCGUUCUCAGUUGAUCAUUCCACUAGUAACAACACUGCGGUUACUUCAGUAGAUCCUAAGCUGAAAAUACCAAUGGGAAAUAAAUAUAACUCGACGUUAAAAUUCUAUGAUCCUGACCAAUUCAAUAAUGACCCAAUAGAAGAAAAAUUCAGAAAACUUGAAAGAGCAUCGAAGCAUAAUACAUCUGAUAAACAUGUCAAACCUGAUGCCAAGAAAAGGGACUACUUAAAAAAAAUUAUAGACUACCCGCCAGGGAAGAGAUUAAGUGCACACGAGAAGGGAUCCAUAUGGAAGUACAGGUAUUACUUACAAAAUAACAAAAAGGCCUUGACAAAACUCCUGCAAAGCACAAACUUAAAAGACGAAACAGAAAGAACUGAAGUCUUAGAAAUGAUGGACGGCUGGGCCGAAAUCGAUAUUGAUGACGCAUUAGGUCUCUUGGGACAUAAGUACAGAAAUUUGGCUGUACGUACAUAUGCUGUGAAUAGACUUAAAAAAGCUUCUGAUAAAGAGCUGGAACUGUACCUAUUACAAUUAGUCCAAGCGGUUUGUUUUGAGAACCUCAAUACAUUUUCGGAUACUUCUAAUAGUAAGUUCACCGUCGUAGAUUUUUCAUCUAGUUCACAAAUGAUGAAAACCAGGAAUACACAACGAUCAGAGAGUCAAAAUAUUAUGAAUUCCCACAUUGAAAAUAACAAUCCGAAAUUUAUACAUUCUAUCCAUUCGGAAGAUGAUUCACAAAUAGAAGAGUUGCCUGUCGUUAUAUCCCCAUUAGCUGAAUUCUUAAUUAGAAGAGCUCUAGUAAACAAAAGACUUGGGAACUACUUUUACUGGUAUAUUACAUCUGAGUCGUACGAUCAACCAUUUCUCAACCAAAUAUUAGAAUCCUUUCUAAGCCGUUUGAACAGCAAUGACAGAAACGAAAUCGAGAAACAGGUUAAGCUACUAACGUUACUCAGAAACUGUUGUGAAGAGAUUAAGAGUCUUAAAGACACUGUUUCAAAGAAAAAGGAAUUGUUGCAAACUUUAUUGAGUACAAAGGUAAGACCUUACCUGAAAAAGAGAUUAGUAAAACUUCCGUUAGAUCCAGAUAUUGUUCUUAAUGAUGUCAUGAUAGACCAAUGUAAUGUGUUCAAGAGUUCUUUAUCUCCUUUGAUGAUUACUUUUCAUACAGAAAAUGGUGGCGUUUACCCGCUUAUGUAUAAAGUUGGUGAUGAUUUAAGACAAGAUCAACUUGUAGUACAGAUAAUUAGUUUAAUGAACGAGUUAUUGAAAAAUGAAAAUGUUGACUUGAAACUUCUUCCAUAUACUAUUCUAGCAACUGGUCUCGAGGAAGGUGCCAUUCAAUUUAUCCCAAAUUUAACAAUGGCUGAUAUUUUAAACAAAUAUCAUGGUAUCCUACCGUUUUUCAGAGCACACCAUCCAGACAAAGAUGAAGAACUGGGAGUAAAAAGCUGGGUCAUAGACAAUUUCGUAAAAUCAUGUGCCGGCUAUUGUGUUAUUACAUAUUUACUGGGUGUAGGAGACAGACACUUGGAUAACUUACUAAUAACGGAAGGUGGCCAGUUCUUCCAUGCUGAUUUUGGUUACAUAUUAGGGCAGGACCCUAAGCCAUUUCCACCAUUAAUGAAGUUACCACCACAGAUAAUCGAGGCAUUCGGCGGUACUGACUCUUCAAAUUACAAUAAGUUUAGAAGUUACUGCUUUGUGGCCUACUCCAUUCUAAGAAGAAACGCUGGUCUGAUUCUAAACCUAUUUGAGCUAAUGAAAACAUCAAACAUCCCAGACAUCCGAGUGGAUCCCGAAGGCUCUAUUAUGAAGGUGAAGGAAAGAUUCAAUCUCGAUUUAACCGAAGAAGAAGCUACUAUUCAUUUCCAAACACUGAUCAAUGAUAGCGUAAACGCAUUACUACCAAUCGUCAUUGACCACCUCCACAACUUAGCCCAAUACUGGAGAGCCUAG